AUGGUUGGCCUAGGGCCGAGUGAUCAAGGACGUGAUUCCUUUGAUGUGUGUAUGGUGGCACGUGAAAUUACACCGAGUGCGGUCGGCCGUGAGAGCACCGCACUGAAUGUCGGUAAUGGCGUUGUUGGCGAUUCGCCAUAUGGUGUGGGCGGCCGUGAGGGCACCACACCUAAUGUCAGUAAAGAUAUUGUUGGCGAUACGCCGUGUAGAGUGGACGGCCGUGAGGGCACCACGCUUAACGCCGGUAAUGGCGUUGUUGGCGAUACGCCGUAUAGUGUGGGCGGCCGUAAGGGCACCACACCUAAUGUCAGUAAUGACACUGUUGGCGAUACGCCGUAUAGUGUGGACGGCCGUGAGGGCACCACACCUAAUGUCGGUCAAGACAAAAGCUCUCGUGUAGAGCGUACUAUGGUUGGUAGUAACCAUGGGGACAAUAUUGUCCCGACCCCUAAGGGGUGUAAGGUCUCGAAGAGACAAUCGAGACGCCGAGUAGCAGCUGUAAAGCGCCAGGCGUCCUCACAGUCACAUAGUGAGAUAAGCAAUACACUAUAUACACUUGUUAAUGGAGUGACUGGUCAGGUUAAUGGCAAUGUGAGCAUCGAAACCCUUCCAUCUGUGGACGCUCUGUGUGAGCUAGACGAAAUGUCUGAUGGCGAGUUUAGCCAGGCCUUGAAGGCAGGAGAGUUAUCCGAGUUAGCAAUCAUUAGACCUGAUACUGACUUGAAUUCUUCCUCGUGA